GGCUCCAGUUCUUUGGGCUCGAGGCCCUGACUUUUGUUCUGCUCUGGCCCCGCGCCCUGCGCUGGUCCCGCCCUCUCCGACCAGGAGCAGCCCGCGCCCGGAGCGAUGUGGGGCCGCCUCUUCGUCGCCUGGCUCGCGCGCGCAGCGGCCUCGGGGUGCGGCGAGAAGGGCCCCGACCAGACGGGGUGGUCGGCCACGACGAGGAUCGUGAACGGCCAGGCGGCGAGCGAGUGCGAGUGGAAGUGGCAGGCCUGCCUGAAGACCCCGGGCGUGCGCGGCUGCUGGUGCGGAGGCACGCUCAUCAGCGAGUCUUGGGUCCUCACCGCGGCGCACUGCGUCGAAGACGGCCACAGCUUCAGCAUCAUGCUCGGAGACCACAACCACGUCCAGGACGGCGACGGCGUCGAGCAAGAGAUCUCGGUGAAGCGGGUCGUGUCCCACCCAAGCUACGACAUGGAGACUGUGUCGCACGACUUCGCUCUGAUCGAGCUCGCCCAGGAGGCUUCGAUGAACGACUGCGUUGGGGCGGCCUGCCUGCCGGAUGACAGCAUGGAGCUGAAAGGCGGGGAGACUUGCUACAUCUCAGGCUGGGGCACCCUCUCGGAGGAAGGCGGUCAGCCAGACACGCUGCAGGAGGGCGAGGUGACAAUCGUCAGCGACGCGGAGUGCGGGUCGAAGUACGGCUCCGGCGUGAUUGACGCCAGCAUGUUGUGCGCGCAGGGCACGAGAGGCAGCGACAUCGUCGACGCGUGCCAAGGCGACAGCGGCGGCCCGCUGGUCUGCGAGAGCGGCGGCAAGUGGUACGUUCACGGCGCUACCUCGUGGGGGUACGGGUGUGCGGCCGCUGAGUACCCAGGCAUUUGGGCCCGCGUGACUGCCGAGCUGAACUGGAUCCAGAACGUCCUCGACGGCAUCACGGAGGCGCCCACGCCAGCCCCCACCCUGGGCGAGUUCCCGGAAGGCCAAAGUUUCUUGGUGAGCAGCGGCAGUUGCACGGCCGCGGGGUAUUGCGUGCGCAGUCCGAACUACCCGAGUGACUACGGCAACAACCAGGCAUGCACUAUCCAUACCGCAGCCGACAACGCCAUGGCCAUCGAGGUGGUCAGCUUCGCGGUGGAGGCCCACUGGGACUACCUCGAGGUGAAUGGCAUCCCCUACUCCGCAGGCCUGGCGCUCGCGGGGGUCGUGCCCACCUCCCAGAUCGACUGGUUCUCGGACGCCUCCGAGGCGGAGGGGGGCUGGGAGCUCUGCCUGGCGCCGCCGACGCCCGCGCCGCCGCCGACGCCAGCCCCGCCACCGACCCCGGCGCCGCCCAACGCUUUUGCGGGCUGCCAGGAUCGCGUGCCAGACGGGGAGGUGGAGUGGCACGACUCGGACGGCGCCAAGUACAACUGCACGUGGUACGCCGAAUCUGAGGACAACUGUCUGUCGUACGGCAGCAUCUUCGAGAACUUCAACAUGACGGCCAACCAGGCGUGCUGUGCAUGUGCCGCAGUCCAGCUCACCGUUCACGGGCGCGCCGAUUCACCAAAGGAGUGGAUGGACAGGCCAUAUAAGAACACCUGCGCCACGUACGCGGCGGAGCAGUGGUGCACGAGCACGGGCGGCUAUGGGCCUGAGUGGGACAUGGAGCUUUGGGGAGCCUUCGACGACUACCAGAGGCAGGGGGUGUCCGCAGACGAGGCCUGCGCGGCGUGUGGCGGGGGCAAGGCAUGCAUAGACACGACGAUCGGGUGGGAGGACUCUCAGGGCUACACGUGUGGCGACUACAUCGACAACGGCUGGUGCACCUCCGGAGGCGACUACGGGUCGAACUGGGGAGCUUCGAGGUUUUCGGGCACCUUCGACGAUUAUGCGACCGAUGGGCAGUCUGCCGUCGAGGCCUGCUGCGCUUGCGGGGGGGGCGCCGAGGGCGCUUGCGCGAAUGGGUCCGCAACCUUCGACGCUGGCUGGGGCGGUUGCGCCACAUACCAACCUGGGGGUCCGAACCACGCGUUCUGCGCCGUCGACUACGACGCCAGCCAGGGGGUGCUCGCCAUGCACACGUGCCCGCACUGUGGCGCGUGCCAGCAGGAGUGCGUGUCCAGCGAGGGGGCCGCGGAGGACAAGGGGGGGUACACUUGUGCGGGCGGCUAUUCCGCCGCGCCGAGCACAUUCUGCGGGUAUUACGACGAUGCGGACUUCACCGCUGGCGAGAUGUGCUGCGAGUGCGGGGGCGGACAGAAGGAGGAGUGGGCGCAGUGGGCGGGGCAUGGCGCCGCGAACCCGGUCCUGCUGGGCCUCGCCGAGCCGAGCUGGGCGAGCGUGCGCGGUGCCGUCUCGUUCGGGGCCGGCGGCGCGACCCGGGCGCAGGCCGGGGCCGCCGUUGCGGCGGUCCUCGCUGAGUACGUCGGCGCCAGGAAGGCGAACGUCCACGCGGAUGCCUCCCCGAUCGCACGGCGGCGGCUCUCGUCCAACGGUGGGGUCAGCGCCUGGUCGGUUGCCUACGAGAUCCAGCUCCCGAGCGGGGGCUCCGAGGGUGCCCUGCAGCUGCUGCGGGAGCUGGCCGACCAGGCCGAGGCUGCGCAGGAAGACGACUCGGAGGAGAUCAACGGCUUCGCGGGCGCGCUCGCGGCGCGGCUCGCCGAGAGCGCCGGCGUGGACGCAGGCUCGUUCAGCCUGCAGGGCCUCUCGCAGCCGGAGAGUGCUGCUGCGCAGCCCGGGAGCACCACCAGCGCCGGCCUCGAGAUCUCGUCGGCCAGCGGUGCCUCCCCGCUCGCCAGCGCCCUGGCCGCCGCCGUGCUGGCGCUCUUCGGCUUCCGCUUCUGAGCUCGCCCUGGGCGGGGUUGGGACCGCGGCGGCCUGCGACGGCAAGCGACGGCCUGCGUCCGCUCGCGCUUGCCGCUCAGCGUUGGCGAGCGUGUCCGCGUUUGGGUUCAGGCAGAUUCCGUAGGAUGUGCGUCUUUGUUUUACCAAGGACGCAGUAUCAUCGAUGGUCCGCAAAAUACGGAUAGCAUGAUUGCAGUAGCGUGUUGCCCGUGCACUUCGGCAACACCAAUAGUCUGCAUCAUUAUGUCUCUCUCUCGCUCUCUCUCUCUCUCUCUCUCUCUCUCCCUCAGACUUUACGGUCAUGCUCCUCCUCCGCCUCCACUCUGCGCCACUGGCCCCUCUCCACCGGAUCCUCUCCUGGCGCAUGUUGGCACAAGAUCGGCAGCGCAGGGGCGCAGAAUCUGUAGCCUCUGGAGAAGGAUCUGGUCCCCAGCCGCUCCGCCACCGCGCAUGCCUCCGAAAAGAGGAGGCACGUGGCGGCGCCCCAGCGGGGCACAGCAGCCUACAAAAGGUUGCGGCACUGACUGGGCGCGCCGCGCCCCCUGCUGCAGCAGAGCGCAAAAGAAAGUCUGGUCUUCCUCCUCGCUCGUCCCCCCUCCUCGUCCACCGUCUCUUCCUCCUCG